UCCACUCCCAAACCUCAUAAACCCUUCUCUCUCGCUCGCCGGAGCUUUGGAUCAAAAGGGAUCCAUACCCCACUCCCAAACCCCAUAAACCUUCCUCUCUCGCUCGCCGGAGCUUUGGAUCAAAAGGGCUCCAGAUUCUCGUGGUCGCCGGCAGGCGGCAGCCGAAGAAUCUGCAUGGAGCUUUAAGAAUCUGAACGUGCAGACGAAUCGUCGCGGAUUUGUGAAUUUAUGGUGGAUGUUAAGGUUUUUAUUUUGCUAGUUGACAUUCUGCGGGCUUCAACUUCAAAAUAAAUGGCACUGCGAGGUGUUUGGCAACUUCAGAAACUGAUAGUUAGCUACUGUGACUGGGGAGGAAGUAGCAGGGGGAUCAGGGCGUUUAUGGAAACUCAUCUGCCGACGUUGAAGGAAAAUAAUCCACAGCUAGAGGUGGUAACAGAGCUUAUUCGUGGUCAGCACCCUCAUUUGAAGGGCCUCUAUAAGAACCAUAACCAACGGGUGAUUUGUGUCAAAAAUAUGACACCAGAGGACAUACUAUUGCAUGCAACCAGGCUGAGGAAUGCUUUGGGAAGGAAGGUCGUGAAGCUUAGGACAAGGCACGUCACCAAGCACCCAAGCGUUCAAGGCACAUGGACAACUGCUGUCAAAUUUUGAGUCAAGACAACCUAGUUUCUCUUUGGUGUUGCUGCUUUUAUACAGGUCAAAGACAUGCUCCUUUGAGUGGGUUCAUAAGUGACAAACUGGCUCUGUGAUUGCUGGAUGGAAUGCCAUGCUCUCCAAGCUGCGUGACAAAGCUUUCCUUACCCUAUGCAUAACUUGCCAAACAAAAGAACCUACAGUUUGUCAUCUUUUAUGUAUGUUUUCUAAGGCAUUUGGUUUCAUUUUUCUGACAUUCAAACUUGGCAUGAGCUUCGCUGUAUUGGCGGACAUUAAAGAAUUGCAAGGACAAUAGUUUGGUUAAGAUGAA